AUGCCGUACGAUCUCAAAGGCAGAAACGUGCUUAUUACAGGUGGAUCAGCUGGUCUCGGCGAACUCCUCAGUACGACGUUUGCCAGUGAAGGCGCGAACGUCGCUAUCAAUUACUUCAACCGUAUCGAGCCGGCACAAAAAGUGCAAAAGGCAUGUGAGGCACAUGGCGUCAAAGCUAUUGUAAUCAAAGCAGAUAUGACAUCGACGGCGGAAGCAAAGCGAGCGGUUAGAGAGACAAUCGAGCAGUUGGGUGGGCUGGAUAUUGUGCUCGCUAACGCAGGCUGGACGCGUUUCGCUGAAUGGAAAGACCUCGACUCCAUGAGCGAAGAAGAGUGGGAUAAGUGCUGGAAUGCAAAUGUCAAAGUACCCAAGGCGAUACUCUCUGAAGCGAGGGCUACGUUCGAUGCCAAUCCGGAUGGUGGACUUAUGAUUACUACUGGUAGCAUUGCGGGUGUCAGCCAAGGCGGAUCAAGCAUGCCAUACUCGGUUACCAAAGCAGCACAACUUCAGCUGGUUAAAUGUCUGGCAGUCACUGUUGGACCCAAGAUCCGUGUCAAUACGGUCCUCCCGGGCUUACUACUGACUGAAUGGGGCCUCAAAUACUCCCAAGAAAAGAUCGAACAGUUGAAGAACCUUGCAGCACUGAAGCAUGAGACAUUCCUGGAUGAUUGUGCAGCUGCGUUCGUGAUGCUGGCAAAGAACACUAGUAUGACUGGUAUGCGCAUUCAGGUUGAUGGCGGACUGAACAUCCAGGGCGCAUAG